AUGGGAUGUAGUAUCCAGUGGAACAACAGUCUUGAAAACAUUGUGGCGUAUGAUCGACUGCAAAUAGGUGGUGGACUUCUACACCGCAAUUACUUUGAAACCGAUACAGGUGUGGAAAGAGCACUGCUUUUAAAAUGGACAGAGGCUUACGCAAUUCCGGACCAGGAAUCACAGACUAUUGUGAAGGUAUUAGUAAACGAGUUUAUAUGUCGGUUCGGGACUCCAAUGCAAAUACUUACAGAUCAGGGUACAAACUUUACGUCUACUCUUUUCAAGGAAAUUUGUGAAUUUCUUCACACUGAUAAGGUCCAAACCAGUAGUAUGCGUCAUAUGGCAAAUGGGAUCGCUGAGAGAUUUAUGAGAACACCACAGACAAUGUUAACAAUGUAUUGUGAAGAUAACCAGAGAACCUUGGACGUGUACCUACCACAACAUCUCAUGAGUUACAGGGCAUCCACUCAUCCGAGUAUUGGCAUCUGUCCAAAUAUGAUGGUCCUGGGACAUAAUGUGGUCAUGCCAAUCGAAGCUGUAGUCGGAAAACCAGAAGAUCAAGAAACAACAGACGUCCCUGCUUAUGUAGAGAAACUUCAAGAUGCUCUGGCCAACGUCCAUGAGCAUGCUAGAAAAUGUCUGCGUAAACCGCAGAGUAUCAGAAAAGACACUAUGACCUUAGGCCAAAGAAAAUGA